AGAUGCCGUUAAACACCACGGAAGAAAAAGAAGAAGCAGCAGAAAAGGAGCGCGGUACGCAGCUGUACGUGAAGGCAGCACGACGUGAACGCCGGUGGACACGUCCGGUCGUUGGGUCUGAAUGUGUGUGAUUAAGCGGAUUUAACGUCACGAGCGGAUACUCUCACAGCUCGUGUGUACAACACCUCUGUUAGAAAACAAGCUAGCACCGAAGCGGCGCGCGUGAGCAACUUUGACGUCCGCUGACGUUACGUUUGGACUCGCGUUUUCUUUUCUGUCGCUGAACGGCUCGCGCUCAUCUCCCCAUGCAGACCGCCCGGGUGGUCGGUGGGGAACUGGCUUGACGUGUAGCCUUCGCCAUGGGGACACGGUGGUCUCGCAGCGGUCCGUCGCUGCUGCCGCAGAGGCGGCACUGCGAGCGGCGAGAGGAGGACUCGGACAACGACUCUCUGGACGGGCUCGUCCGACGGGAGGACAUCGCGCAGUUCCCCUACGUGGAGUUCACCGGCAGGGAUAGCAUCACGUGUCCGACGUGCCAAGGCACCGGGCGGAUACCCUCCGAUCAAGUCAAUGAACUGGUCGCAUUGAUCCCGUACAGCGACCAAAGGCUGCGGCCCCAAAGAACGAAGCUGUACGUGGUCCUGUCGGUGGUGUUGUGCCUCCUUGCUUCCUCGCUCGUGGCCUUCUUCCUCUUCCCUCGUUCUGUGGUGGUGGUGGAUGAUGGGAUCCACUCGGUGACCGUGCGCAUCAACCCCUCCAACAUGAAUGUCCUCAUGAACAUGACGAGCACGCUGAACCUCAGCAACCCAAACUUCUUCUCGGUGCUGGUGCAGAGCGUGAACUGCCAGGUCCUUUACAUGAAGACGGUGAUCGGAACUCAGCAGCUCGACCACGUCACCACCAUCCUGCCACUCAGCCAGAGUCGGGUGAACUACACCGUCAGCGUGGAGAUCGGCAGCAGCGCGCCCUACGUCUACGCCUUCUGCACCAUGCCCAGCAUCAAGGUCCACAACAUUGUGGUCUGUAUGCAAACCACGGUGAAAACCUCCUACAUGGUGCGCACGUCCCAGAACAGCCUGGAGGCCUACCGCUACAUAGACUGUGGCUCCAACACCACACGCUACCGGGCGGACCGGCUCCCCCCCCUCUCCUCCUCGCCGCCGCCGCCGCCUCUCCUGCUGUGAGCCGACAGGUCCGUCUCUGGAGGUCGGUUUGAAACCAGCGGGGACGAAUACCAAAGGGUGCCUUUUUGAGAGCUCACUCCCAAAGAGGAAACUAUAGUGUUAACUUGUGCCUUUUUGUUUUUUAAACUGCACAUUGGUUUCAUCACACAUUCCAGAAGGGGGUGGGGGGUGGGGUGGUGUGGGGGGGGGGGGGCUUGGAUGUUUCCUGCCACUUUGUUUUUGAACGAGCCGCGUUCUGCUGGUGAGAACUUGAACUUGUUCUCGAGUCCCUGACGUCAGAGCUGACUUCAGCAUCGCCUGAAAGACUUCUGGUAGUGCAACACUGGUUUAGAUCGAUGCUUCUCUUAAACACAAAGGACCCGGUCUGCUCUGUGUUCCGUGUUAAUUUAAAAACAUUUAACGCCGGAUGUUGUUUUUUUGGCACCUCGGAACCCGGAAGCAUUCUUAAACCUUUUGUUUUUAAAUGUUACUGAAAGUGAUUUUUGUCUGAGCACACUGGUUUUAGAGUCCGGGUGAUUCCACAUGAAGCUGCUGCUCCACGGAGGUCUGAACCUUCACACUCCUGACUGAGGAACAUCAUGUCCAGGGUCAACUGUCAUAACAAAAACGGGCCUGGAGGCAAUUGAUUUGUUUUAAGGGACUGAUUUUUACCAGGUUUUUAGAAGAAUACGGUUUAUAUUGUCAUGCAAUUUUUAAAGGGACAUGUGAAUAAAUAAAACUAAUGAUGAAUCCC